UUUCAAAAGGCGGUCAAUCAAUUGAACAGGCAGAAUUUGCAAGCCAUACCCAUAAUAGACUAGCCCCCUCGCUUUUUGCUGGAGACGGAAGCUGCAGCUUGCAGCCAACCAAUAAACACACACAAGUGCAAGCACCAGUGGCAGCAAGUGGUAAGUUGGCAGUGGUACCUGUUUUUUUUUUUCCAGCGCGCAAAAAGUCACAGAAGUACUUGAACCUUUCCACCUUUUUACGACUUUCAACUCCAGCAGCCAAUUGCGCCAAUCUUGCGAUUUCCCAUUUCAACCAUUGAUCAAUCGCAAAGCGUUCCAUUCUCCCUCUUCCAAUAUCUCCAACUGCUACACACCCUAACACACAACUCUUAUAACCCAGUUCCAAUCACCAAAAUUCACAACACAAAAUGACUGAGAACGGCGCCGCCAUCCCCGGAAAGGCUUCCGCCACCGGGGCCGAAGACGUUCAGGCUAAGGGCAAAGGCAAGGCUGCUACAGCUGAGCAACCCGUCGACACCGCUAUGGACGAGGACGACGAUGAUGAUGACGAGGAGGAAGAGGUCGAAGCUGGUGACGAAGAUGCCGAGGACAACAUGGAUGAGAUCGAUCUUGGCAACAUCGUCGAUGGUGGUCGACGAACCCGAGGCCGUGUCAUCGACUGGGCUAAGGCUGCAGAGGAAAACCCGGCCGAAGAUGACGAUGAUGAGGAUGAGGACGACUACGAGCCCGCGGUCGAGGAGGCGGCAGAGGAUGACGGAGACAAGAUGGAUGAGGACUAAAUCAAUUCGUCGCCUAUUACUUCCCUCUUCACCAUCCACUCGUUGGAUACAGGACUCCAACUGGAUCUAAGCCAAGUUGCCUGUCAAACUCCAAACUCGCACCGCCGCCAUCAACAACAUCAAUCAUCAUCACUCUCUCUCCCUAUCUCGGUGUUUAGCUGGCUCGUUCUUAUGAUCAUACACGCUGUUGCUUUUUCGCACUAGGUCCUAGGAAAAACAUGUUCCGAGCAUGAAUGGAAUGCAAAUGGAACAUAUACAUAGCAGCCCAGUAGCUUAGAUUUACCCAAAUAUUCGACUGGCAUUAUCUGGCAUUAUCUGGCAUUAUCUGGCAUUAUCUGGCAUUAUCUGGC